AUGAAGGGCGGUCUGAGAGACGACAAUACAGAGUCUACUAAGGAGUAUGGGGUGGAAGAUGGUGUCAAAGGCUGCACUAAGGUCAGGGAGGAUGAAUCUCGUCUGACUGUGAGUCCUAGCAGCCCUCAGUUCUUUAAAGGAGACUUUGUGUCUCUGAGCUGUGAGGAGGACGACAGCUCUGCUGGAUGGACUCUGAGGAGAAACACCACCAAACGACAGAGGACUCAGUGUGGAGCUGGGUGGGGAGAACCAGCUGGUUCUUCCUGUAACAUCAGCUACAUCCACCCAUCAGACAGUGGAGUUUACUGGUGUGAGUCCAGAGAGGGAGCAACCAGUAACAGCAUCAACCUCACUGUCUCUGGUGGACCAGUGAUCCUGCAGAGUCCUGUCCUCCCUGUGAUGGAGGGAGAUGACGUCACUCUGCUCUGUAAAACAAAGACCACUCCCUCCAUCCUCUCAGCUUCUUUCUAUAAAGAUGGCUCUUUGAUCAGGACUGAGUCUACAGGUCACAUGACCAUCCACCAUGUUACCAGGUCUGAUGAAGGCCUCUACAAGUGUAACAUCAUCAGUCAUGGAGAGUCUCCAUCCAGCUGGAUCACUGUCACAGAGAAACCUACAACCACAGCUCCUCCAACAACUAUUGAGGCCACACCCCCUCCAUCAUCCUCCCUCCACCUUGUCUUCAGACUGGUCUGCCACCUGGUGGUGUUCUGUCCAUACUUCAUCUCCACUCUCCUCAUGGUGUCUUUAUGUCGACACAAACCAACAGGAAAUGACCUUCUUGUCUCCAUGGUGAUGACCCCACCUCAGGUUGAUCAGGGAUUGGUUGAUGACUAUGAUGACGUUGCUGAUGUCACCACAGAGCAUCACUUCUGAAGUGAUCUGGUCUUUGGUGUGAUCCUGAAGUCAGAAACCAGCAUCAUCUCUUCCUGUCUGUAGUUGAUGUGUUAGAGUGGAGAGGAUUCAGGUGGAAGUGAAGGAAUCUGGAGGCAGAUGUCCUAAACUGGCCACCGUAUAGAAGUUAACAUCAGAGUCUUUUCUCAGUCUUUCACUUAACUUGAACAUUUCAACAAAGUGAAUGCACAAAUGAAUGAAUGAUAUCCAAUGUGCCCUGGUAGCUCAUUUCUCGGGGGAGUUACAUGCAUGCAGAUUAGCCAUGUGGAGGAUAUAUCAAUACUUCCUAGGAAUUCUAUAAUGCACACAAUGAUAAGAUUUGAUUAUACAGAGAAAAAAUAAAAUGUCAAAGUUUUUUAUUGUGUACGUUGCGUCCUGUAUGGAAUAAGUCAUAUUCUGUAGCCAGAUUCUUCUUUACUCUGGGUACUUUUAUUUCAUCCAAAUGUCUAGAUAGACUGUGUCUGGUUCUAUUUUCAUGAGAACCUUUGUAGAAUGUGUGAGCUUUGUGGUAUUUCUAUAAAAUCUUGGUCCAGUUCUAGUGAAGAGGUUACUGAAUGAGUUCAGAAUGAUUUUAUUGCUAUCAGGGUGUUGAAUGAACUAUUCAGAGGUCUCCCUGAUGUGAUAAUGUGAAGAGGUUGUGCUGGGUGGUGUAUUGUCUUUGAUGAUGUUGUGGUUCUCCUGAUAACCCUGGUUCUUUAAAUGUCCUGCUCCAAAAAGUCCUUCCAUUUCUGAACAGUGUCUUAUCGAAACAACUCUAUGGCUGCGAUGGUGAUGACUCUCUCAAUAGUACUUCUCUACAAGUUGCUGAGGAUCUUGAUUAACAUUACAAAUACUUCACCCCUCUCACGAAGUAAAGUCUUUUCCUGAACUCGUCAGGGCUGCAGCAUCAUCAAUGAUCAUUUUGUCUCCAUGUGAACCAAGUUGUCUUUUUCAAACAAAUGAGGAUAUAACAAACUCAAAGUUAUGUUCCCACGUGAUGAUGUGGUUUCAUCUGUGUUUUUUUUUUUUUUUUUGCUUCUCUUCUAAUGCCAAGAGGAACAGGAAGGAAGAGGUUUUUAGUUUCUGUUAAACUGCUGCUGGUCUCAUUUCAGUCAGCUGUAGAAUGGAGGGAACAUCUGUCCAGAGGCUGCUGGUUCUGGGCUCUCUGCUGUGCUGCACAACAAAUCAAGCUCGUCUGACUGUGAGUCCCAGCUUCUCUCAGGUCUUUAAAAGAGACUUCAUGUCUCUGAGCUGUGAGGAGGACGACAGCUCUGCUGGAUGGACUCUGAGGAGAAACACCACCACAGGACAGAGGACUCAGUGUGGAGCUGACUGGGGAGAAGCAGCUGGUUC